AUACAGGGAGGAACUGAUUUACCACAGAUUUUUGUUUAAUGUUCUUCUGCUUAUUUCAUACAUUUUCCAUCUUUCUAUUCAGACWGUAAAAAUAUAAAGCAUUGAGUGAUCUUAUAAAGGACCAACYACAGAGGAAAACUAGGAAUCUCUUCUUCCUUUGAUGACAUUUUCUKUUCAACAAUACAGAAGCUAUUUUGUCAGGAGAUGGCUUAGUGACUCAGGUUCCAGCCAUACAAGCACAGUUGGCACCAGAUAUAAAAAGUAUGAAGCGGAUGACCGACUGUAAAUGAUUUAACAAGUACUGGACUCUGAAACUUUUUACUGGAACAGAUGAGUUGAAACUGACAGGACAGGAGGAACUGUAACAGUGAGGCUCCACCAGUCAAACAUGAAGGUCCUGAACAAAGAUGAACUAAAGGUUGCUGAAGGAGUUCUGUUCAAACACCUACCAAAAAGUUAUAAGGUCUACGGCUUCCUGUAUGGUUUUAACAGAAACAAACCAAAUACACUGGAGGUGGUUGUUGAUUCCUGGCCUGAUUUUAAGGUCAUCAUUUGCCGACCUGAUCCCAAGGACAAGCUUGCACAGCAGCUCUGGAAAAAGGUGUCAUACUACAGCAUGGAUGCACAAGUUUUACAGGAAAUGUUUACAGAAGAGGAUGUACUUGACUGGAGUACAGAUUUCACAGUUGGAGGACUCGACAAAUCCAAUGAGCCCACUCUCAAAGAAGUGUCUUCUAUCAGACAAGUUUCCAUCACACCCUUUACAUCGGUGCAUCUUCUGUUUUUGGCAGACAGCAGCCAUCUCCUCACACCAACAGUUGGCAGUGAGCUUGAAUCAAGGAUCUCAUCUCUUAACCUUUCCCACGUUGACUUGGUGAAUAAAACCUGGAAGUUUGGAGGAAACGAACAAGGUUAUAACAUUAUUAAACACUUAAUUUGCAACUUCCCRACAUGCUGCAUCACGGACAGACAGGGUGAGCCGGUGUCCUGGAUCCUAGUGUAUGAUUACGGAGCYUUGGGCCUGUUGUACACUCUGCCAGAGCAUAGGGGGAAAGGAUAUGCCAAAGUCCUGGUCAGCAYCAUGGCCAAGAGAUUCMACGAUGAGGGCCACCCAGUCUUCUGCUUCAUAGAGGAGGAGAACGUGGUCUCCUACAGGCUCUUUAAAAACCUGGGCUUUACUGAAGAUCCUUCAUACAGGGCGAAGUGGUUUAACRUCAGGGUUUGAUUUCACAUGUUUGGAAUGUGAAGCUGAUACUGUCAUAGAAAGUUGGAUCUGUAUGAAAAAAACAUGAAUGGAAUGUAACCUUAAAAUCUGUCGAUGCUGUUGCACAUUGUAAUUUUAAAGAUUUUUGAAAUAAUUGUAAUCUUUUUGAUCUUCAAAUUUAUGUUACAUUUUUCUGUUUCUCCAAAGCUAUGCAUCCAGAUGUGGAUCUUAAUAAUAAUAAUAAUGAUAAUGAGGGACAUGCUGUUAAUAAUACUAUUUCCUUUUUAUAGCAGAUGAGUCAAAUAAAAGUCAUCCAUCCAUCCAUCCAUCUGAUCUCUUCUCAUUAGAUAUUUCCCCAAAAAGUUGGUGCAUCAGUCCAGAUGUGUAUUACUAUUUUUAAACUACCAGCAGUUUGAGCUGUAUCAUAGUUGGUGUGUAAAGAGCAGUGCAGGAGUAAUAGYAUAAUGACCAUAACACGUGAUUCUUUGGUAAACGUGACUCAUGUGGUCACACCAUGUGCAGAGGAGUGGAAGAUAAAUGUAGCCUAUUAGCAGAUAACACGUGAUCCUGUGGAAUGUUCAGAGAAAAGAAAAAUAGCCAAUAGAUAAGAAACAAUUGGAACACAAAUCACCCUGUCUGAACUGAGCAUUGUGACAAAGAGGGAAAUGCGUUUAAAAUAUUGACACUUGAUAUGUGAUAAACUACAUAAACCAGAUUUUACG